GAGAUGAGGAGAUAGGCGGGAGCGAGGGAGCGAAGGAGGUAGAGAAGAGCGGAGGAGAGGGGAGGGAGCGCAGCUUGGUUGCUCCGUAGUACGGCGGCUCGCAAGGGAGAAUCCCGAGCGGGCUCCGGGACGUACGGAGAGACGGGCGGGCGGGGAUGGUGUGCAGAGCUGCGGCUCCUGCGUUCCCUCCCGCUGCGAGUGAGCUGCACUGAUUUGUCCCUGGGGCGGCAGCGUGGACCCGCCUGGAGAUGAGGCGUCCAUUAGCAAGGUGAAAGUAACAGAAACAUGGCUCAGUUUCCAACACCUUUUGGUGGUAGCCUGGAUAUUUGGGCCAUAACUGUAGAGGAAAGAGCAAAGCAUGAUCAACAGUUCCAUAGUUUAAAGCCAAUAUCUGGAUUUAUUACUGGUGAUCAAGCUAGAAACUUUUUUUUUCAAUCUGGGUUACCUCAACCUGUUUUAGCACAGAUAUGGGCGCUUGCUGAUAUGAAUAAUGAUGGAAGAAUGGAUCAAGUGGAGUUUUCCAUAGCUAUGAAACUCAUCAAACUGAAGCUGCAAGGAUAUCAGCUCCCCUCCGCACUUCCCCCUGUCAUGAAACAGCAACCAGUUGCUAUUUCUAGUGCACCAGCGUUUGGUAUGGGAGGUAUCGCCAGCAUGCCACCGCUGACCGCUGUUGCUCCAGUGCCAAUGGGUUCCAUUCCUGUUGUCGGAAUGUCUCCCCCGCUAGUAUCCUCUGUUCCUGCGGCAGGAGUGCCUCCUCUGGCUAACGGGACGCCCCCUGUCAUACAGCCUCUGCCUGCAUUUGCUCAUCCUGCAGCCACAUUGCCAAAGAGUUCUUCCUUUAGUAGAUCUGGUCCAGGGUCACAGUUAAACACUAAAUUGCAGAAGGCCCAAUCAUUUGACGUGGCUAGUGUUCCUCCCGCAGCUGAAUGGGCUGUUCCUCAGCCAUCCAGACUGAAAUACAGACAGUUAUUCAACAGUCAUGACAAAACCAUGAGUGGGCACUUAACAGGUCCCCAAGCAAGAACUAUUCUUAUGCAGUCAAGUUUACCACAGGCUCAGCUGGCUUCAAUAUGGAAUCUUUGUGACAUUGAUCAAGAUGGAAAACUCACAGCAGAAGAAUUUAUCCUGGCUAUGCACCUAAUUGAUGUAGCUAUGUCUGGCCAACCACUGCCACCAGUCCUGCCCCCAGAAUACAUUCCACCUUCCUUUAGAAGAGUUCGAUCUGGCAGUGGUAUAUCUGUCAUAAGCUCAACUUCAGUAGAUCAGAGGUUACCAGAGGAACCAGUUUUAGAAGAUGAACAGCAACAACUAGAAAAGAAAUUACCUGUAACCUUUGAAGAUAAGAAGCGUGAGAACUUUGAACGUGGCAAUCUGGAGCUGGAGAAACGGAGACAAGCGCUCUUGGAGCAGCAGCGCAAAGAACAAGAGCGCCUGGCCCAGCUGGAGAGGGCAGAGCAGGAGAGGAAGGAGCGGGAGCGCCAGGAACAGGAGCGCAAGAGGCAACUGGAGCUGGAGAAGCAGCUGGAAAAGCAGCGGGAGCUAGAACGUCAGAGAGAGGAGGAGCGCAGGAAAGAAAUCGAGAGGCGAGAGGCUGCAAAACGGGAGCUUGAAAGGCAACGACAGCUUGAAUGGGAACGGAAUCGAAGACAAGAACUAUUAAAUCAAAGAAACAAAGAACAAGAGGACAUAGUUGUGCUGAAAGCAAAGAAAAAGACUUUGGAAUUUGAAUUAGAAGCUCUAAAUGAUAAGAAGCAUCAACUAGAAGGAAAACUUCAAGAUAUCAGAUGUCGAUUGACAACCCAAAGGCAAGAAAUUGAGAGCACAAACAAAUCUAGAGAGUUGAGAAUUGCUGAAAUCACCCACCUACAGCAACAAUUACAAGAGUCUCAACAAAUGCUUGGAAGACUUAUUCCAGAAAAACAGAUACUCAGUGACCAAUUAAAACAAGUUCAGCAGAACAGUUUGCACAGAGAUUCACUUCUUACACUCAAAAGAGCCUUAGAAGCAAAAGAACUAGCUCGGCAGCAGCUACGAGACCAACUGGAUGAAGUGGAGAAAGAAACCAGAUCAAAACUACAGGAGAUUGAUAUUUUCAAUAAUCAACUGAAGGUAACUAUUCUGUGUGUGCCUACAU